UGGGAAGGGCGGAGGGGCCCAGCAUCACGCACUGCUCCUGCUGCAGCGCGGUCCCAGCUCCAGGGCGCAACCCCGCCCACGGGAGAGCCGGGGCAGACACCUGGGGCUCCCCUGCCCCUUAGAGACCAACCUGUGGGGCUUACCUGGCCCUGUUGCCUGCGUCUUGCAUAGCGGCCUUGCUCCGGGCUAGGACGGGCCCAAGGGGCACUCCUGGUCCCGGGAGGCUCCCAGACCAGCAGGAGGGGUCCCUUGCCGUGAGGGCCGGGGCAGCUUAGAAAGAGCAGCAGGACUUGAGGUGACUCUCCGGGGCCUGGCCGUGGAACUGGAGUUAUGGCUGCUGGUCCCGACGGGCGGGGAGCCGGCGGCAGAUCCCGUUUAGUCCCGGGUGGCCCACCUGGGGUGGGGCCCCCUCACAGUGUCCCCUCUGGGCCUCGGGAGCUUGUGUUGGGCCCUUUGACAAGCUCUGGCUGCAGCUGCCCUCCUGCUCCGGAAGGUGCCCCUUCCCCUCGGGCACAGGUGGGGCUGGCCUGCAGAGCCCACCCUUGUUGGCUGCAGAGGGGCGGGAGGGGGACAUGGUGGGUGCCUGCAGGCUGCCGCAGUGCCCCCGCCCACAGGUGCCCCAGAUCCAGCUAGAGGUGAGCAUGGCCGAGCAGGAGCCCACCGCCGAGCAGCUGGCGCAGAUUGCGGCCGAGAACGAGGAGGACGAGCACUCGGUCAACUACAAGCCCCCGGCCCAGAAGAGCAUCCAGGAGAUCCAGGAGCUGGACAAGGACGACGAGAGCCUGCGCAAGUACAAGGAGGCCCUGCUGGGCCGCGUGGCCGUGUCCGCAGACCCCAACGUUCCCAACGUCGUGGUGACCCGCCUGACCCUGGUGUGCAGCACGGCCCCAGGCCCCUUGGAGCUGGACCUGACAGGUGACCUGGAGAGCUUCAAGAAGCAGUCCUUUGUGCUGAAGGAGGGUGUGGAAUAUCGGAUAAAGAUCUCUUUCCGGGUGAACCGUGAGAUCGUGUCUGGCAUGAAGUACAUCCAACACACUUACCGGAAAGGCGUCAAGAUUGACAAGACUGACUACAUGGUGGGCAGCUACGGGCCCAGGGCCGAGGAGUAUGAGUUCCUGACGCCCAUGGAGGAGGCGCCCAAGGGCAUGCUGGCGCGCGGCAGCUACAACAUCAAGUCCCGCUUCACAGACGAUGACAAAACUGACCACCUGUCCUGGGAGUGGAACCUCACCAUCAAAAAGGAGUGGAAGGACUGAGCCUGGCCCGGGAGACGGGCAGGGCGGACGACGGAGGGAUGUGCGCGCCCCACCCCACCCCACCCCGACCCCAUACCAAAGUGCUGACAGGGCCCCUGCCCAGGCUGCCAGCAUCCCGUCUGCCUCCUGCCCAGCCUCGCCCCGCCUCCUGGAUAGUCUAGUGUCCCGCUGCUUCUGCCUGUGCUGCAGGUGGGGAGCCGCAGCUCAGGCCCCCUCCCCUUGGGUCCCUCCAGGGUCCCCACCUGUCCUCACCCAACCGGAGGCCAUGGCUUUCCCAAGGGAGUGGGGAGCAGGUCCCCUGGGCCUUUUCGGUUGUCUGUCUCCCCUCCGGGGUGAGGGUGGGUGGGGUGCACGAUGCAGGGCCUUGGAGUCAGCCAUCCUUCCAGCUCCCGCUCCUCCCUGGUCAGUCCAUCCAUUGCUGUCUGUGACCGUCUAACCAUGAUGCCUUAACAUGUGGGACGUGUGCUGUGGGGCCGUCACUAACCUCUAACCCUGUGUCUGCAUGAGCAUGUGGUCUCCCAGUCCUGCCACCCCUUCUGCAGUCCCCGUGGCCGGGAGGCGUGGA